AUGGCAGACACGUGGGACGACAACACGGACAUGGACAUGUACUACAGCGAAGAGGAGGACGAGGUCUUCGAGUUCUUCUCCCCGCCGAAGCUGGAGGGCAUCGAGAGUUUUGCCGCGUGGCACAGCGCACUGCGCAACUACAUGCGCAAGGACGGGCUGCUGAAGCACAUCGACGGCAGCCCCGCGGAGCCCAAGGCGGGGCCGUGGCAGCCGAUUGGACGCACGCCCGCCGACGACGAGGCCGAGGGCAUCAUCUCGCUCAUAAUCGACACCAUCUCGCCCAAGUUCAACUACCUGCUGCGCCCGCGCUCAAGCAGUCGUACCCCACCGACCCGCAUGGCUACGGAGGAGGACGAGACGGAAGCCGACCUGGUCACUCAGAUGACGAGCAUGGACCUGGGUGGUGCCGGAGGAGGAGACGACAGCAGCGCCACUGAGGAGAUCGACAGCAAAGAGACGGAAGAAGCCGACAACGACACCACUGAGGACAUGGAAGCCGACCUGGUCGACAAGGUGGCGAGACUCGAGCUGGAUGCAGGAGACGACAGCGAGUCAGACCCGGACAUGGACAUGGAUAUGGACAUGGACAUGGACAUUGACGAUUAUUGA